AUGUCAUCUGCAAAAUACGAUAGAGCUAUUACAGUUUUCUCACCAGAUGGUCAUCUUUUUCAAGUAGAGUACGCUAUGGAGGCAGUUAGAAAGGGUACUGUCGCCGUUGGUGUACGUGGUAAGGAUGUCAUCAUCUUGGGUGUAGAGAAAAAGUCAACUGCUAAACUUCAAGAUGCUAGAUCCAUCAGAAAGAUUGUAAAGAUCGACGAUCACAUCUGUCUUACUUUUGCUGGUUUGACUGCUGAUUCUCGUGUAUUAAUUAAUAAGGCUCUUGUUGAGUGUCAAUCAUAUAGAUUAUCAUUGGAUGAUGUACCAUCUGUAGAAUAUAUCUCUAAAUAUAUCGCUGGAAUUCAACAAAGAUAUACACAAAGUGGUGGUGUUAGACCAUUCGGUAUUUCUACAUUGAUUGUCGGUUUCGAUUCAGACGGUACACCAAAACUUUUCCAAACAGAUCCAUCCGGUUCAUUUUCAUCGUGGAAGGCAGCCGCCAUCGGACGUAACUCAAAGACUGUCAGUGAAUUUUUAGAGAAGAACUUUACAGAUGAGAGUGAUACUGCUUCAAUUAAAUUGGCUGUUAGAGCAUUGCUUGAGGUUGUAGAAUCAGGAAAUAAGAAUAUUGAAAUUGCUAUCAUUAAAAGAAAUGAACCAAUUAAAUUGUUAAAGGGAAUCCGAAGUCGAACAGUUGGUAGAUGA